AUGAGCCCAAGCGCGAACAACUCACCUCUUCGUCAGCACGCCCUGGCACGCUUUGCCGCUGAUACGGGUCUAAUUACUCUCAACGUGGUCACUGAUCCUUUCGUGCUGCGCGAAGAGACGCCAUCAGCCCCGGGCACUCCCGAGGCCCAAGAUAGCGCGAGUUGUGUCUCUGACGCGAGCUCUGAGCGAAUGGAUAGACUUGACGGACUCCUCGCAGGGAUGGCGCAGCAGCAAGCCCAGUUCAUGAAAACCCAGCUGAAGAUGCAAGAUCAGAUGAGCCGAAACUCUCAAGCUGCGCCUACGACACCCUACGAGCAACCACUUAACGGAUCAAGCGCGUUUACCGACUUUAUCCAAGCGCGUGACCGUCGAAUGAGGAUGGGCUCACUCGAUGAGCCCAUGCGUCAAGCACGCAUGCCGCCGCCUCACCAGCCGCCGCAACGAAUGCGCGUGCCGCCGAAUCAGCCGCCUCAGCAAGACGAGCGGUAUCGGUCAUCUGAACCGUCGCACCCUUUUGUGACACCAGAUGAUAAUGGGUUGAAGAUAACGAAACCCAGAGACCUGGACUGGUAUGGAUUUGCUAAGUUCACGGGUAAAGAGACAUAUCCAGGUGUGGGCGCCGACUUUAAAGCAUGGGGAAUACGCUUCCAGCAACGGCUGGGCGCAGCACAGACGAUAAGCGGGGGUGAUUGGCCAGAAGACUUCAAGAUUCUUGCAUUGAGCGGUAAGCUGGAAGGUUCAGCUCUCAGCUACUACGAGAAGAUGCUACCGGUAUGGUGCGCUGUGUCGAACACACUAGAGCACGUCAUGAACAGCAUGCUGAUGCUGUACAUGACUACGAUACCAUCUACGAAAGGAAUUGAUCUCAUGACGAGAGAAAAAGAGCACAGAAAGACAUGGCCUGAGCAUUACCAGUACUUGGUGUACGUGGCGGAGGGAUCUGGAAACUCGUAA